CCGACCGGCCGGCUCCGGGCGCCCCUCCGCGCCGCGCCUCCUCUCCUCUGCCGGCUCUGCGCCGCCGCCGCCGCCGCUCAUGAGCCUCGACGAGCACUCCAUGCAGGCCCUGUCCUGGCGGAAGCUCUACCUCAGCCGGGCCAAGCUGAAAGCCUCCAGCCGCACCUCGGCGCUGCUCUCCGGCUUCGCCAUGGUGGCUAUGGUGGAAGUCCAGUUGGAUGCUGAACAUGACUACCCGCAAGGGCUGCUGAUCGCUUUCAGCGCCUGCACGACGGUGCUGGUGGCCGUCCACCUCUUCGCCCUCAUGGUCAGCACUUGCAUCCUCCCCAACAUCGAGGCUGUCAGCAAUGUGCACAACCUGAACUCGGUCAAGGAGUCCCCCCACGAGCGCAUGCACCGGCACAUUGAGCUGGCCUGGGCUUUCUCCACCGUCAUCGGGACUCUGCUCUUCUUGGCAGAGGUGGUCCUGCUCUGCUGGGUGAAGUUCUUGCCGCUGAAGAAGAAGUCCACCGGCAAGGCCACCGAGGCCGGCAAUUCCAGCAUCACCCCCGGGGAGGCGGCGGCUAUUGUCUCCACCUCUAUCAUGGUCCCCUUUGGGUUGGUCUUCAUUGUGUUCGCGGUCCACUUCUACAGGUCCCUGGUGAGCCACAAGACGGACCGGCAGUUCCAGGAACUGAACGAACUCGCGGAAUUUGCCCGGCUCCAAGAUCAGCUGGACCACAGAGGCGAUGCCCUCCCGCCUCCCGGCAGCCAUUUCGCAUAAACAGCAAUGUAUUUUUAAAGCAAAUGUUUGUAUCUUAUUCUCUUGACUUGCCUGUGCAUGAACUUGGUUAGACUUUGAUGAUUUGUUUGGAAAGAGAAUGUAGGAAUACUGUCUUUUUUAACCCUUUAGUGCUUUAAAAAAAAAGAAUAUAAUGCUUUGUUCUUGUAACGUCUGGAGGACUAACGCCUGGAGGCACAGAUUUUGGGAGAGGGAGCUGCUUUGAAGCACGUAUGCCCUCUUUCCUCCUCUUCCUCUUUUCCUUGUUUUAUUUCAGAUGUCAAAUAGUGAUUCUAAGGAGGGGGAUUGCAAUUGGAGGGAGAGAAGGAGGAGAUUACUAGAGGCUCGUAGAAAAUCAUUAUGAUUUGUUCUUGCGUUAAAUAACUGGCAUUGGCUAGAACGUGUUCUUGCGCAUCUGGUUCAUGUGGCACAACCUGGUGCGAUCUCACGUAAGUGGAUGCACAACGUAUGGUUUUUGGCACCAGUUGCAAGCUGAGUACUAACUACUCCAGUAGACAGGAAUGGAUGACAGAGGUCUACGGCAUGUACCACAGGAUGCAGAACAGCUGCAAAGUGUGGAAUUGGCCACAGAUUCCAGCAUCAGAAGAAUCUCUGCUUUUUAAAAAGGCAUGUUCCUAGUCCUUAUGGUUAUAUAGAGAAGCUUGGACAGAUGUGGGCAGCGGCUGGCAAUGUUUCAGAGGACUGAGGAAUAGAUGGAUAAGAUUUCCGAUGGUUAGAGCCCUCGAUUCACCACCUUGAUCCUUCCUCCAACUAGCAUAACGUGUCAUGGAAGCUGUGUAAAGUCAAGUAAAUUGGCUUAAUUUGUAGAUGGGUUGUCUGUCUGGUUUGUUCAGUGUCAAGAACUGGGUUGUCCUGGUGAAUCGAUUGUAAAGGUUCGCAAGUGAAGGUUCAUACUACGCUGAGCCACAUACCAUUCAUUUCUUUGCCUCUGCUCUUCCUCUUUCUCCUACCACUUGCAUGUCCUGGAAGAUUAUGGGAUGGUGGUGAUGAUUGUGCUGCAUUGGGGCUGAGGUUGGGGAGUACGUCCAUGAGAGUAAGGAUAGGUCCCGAGCCUUACGUGAUGACAUAUGGAAGUUUCUUCCUUCCAGCAGCCUUGUCCAGGCCUUGUCGCUUGAUCCCUUUUAGUUUGACUUCACUUCUCUGACGUCUGCACUACAACUGCAGAACCAGUUCACCAGUCAUGCCUUCUCGCAAAGGACUCUGCAAUCUUUAAGUAUGCUAAAAUCCAGAUCCCAGCAAGAACUAUGCACUUUUUUUCACAGUGCUUUGUUUCGGAGCUUUGACGGCUUAAAAAGGAAAGGGCUUGGAGGCUGGUUUCAUUUUUGAGACAUAUAUAUUCGUUCCCCAGGUCUUUUGGGUGCCUCAGACACCCCUCAGCUGUAGAACUGAGGCCCUGCUUUGGAAGAAUCCUCAUAGUAUAGCAAAGGAGCCUUAUGGUAAGGGCCUGGGAUGUGGUGCUGGAGCAAGCCUCUACUUUGCAUGCACAAGAUCCCAGGUUCUAUUCCCAGCCUCUCCAGUUUAAGGAUUCUUGGGUAGGAAGUGUAGGGAAUGAUCCGUUAGCUGGAGCAGACAGUACCAGUGGUCUCUGGAAGAUGGUUUCUUAUGUCCAAACAGUUGUUUUGGAGACCAGCUGCAUUGUGUGUACAAACAUAGGAAACUGCCUUACACUGAAUCAAACCCUUGGUCCAUCAAGGUCCAUCUUGUCCACUCAGACUGGUGGUGGCUCUGCAGGGUUUCAGGCGGAGCUCCUUCUGUCACCUCCUACCUGAUCCUUCUGACUGCAGACGCCGGGGAUUGAACCUUGGGCCUUCCGGAUGCCAAGCAGGCGCUCUACCGCUGAGCCACAGCUCCUGCCCGAAGUCCAGUUUCAAGCACCGGUUAAAGGACUCCCAAGUGGCAGACUAGGAGGAUCCCUAGAGAGCCAUGGCUGGUGCAGGCCGGACCACAGAUGUCAAAGUUUCAUGCUCUUGUUACGCUGUGCUUGUUGUCGAGAGACGGAUGUGCUGGUGAGUUUGCCCUAGUGGUUUACCACUAAUGCUGUCGCUGGAACUACUGCUGGAUGUUGCCCCUGUUGGGUCUGAUUUGUUUGCACUUUGAAGCAGUAGUUUGGAAUCAAAUUAUUGCUGGAGUAGUUUACUGCUGUUAAGUCUGGAAUACUUGAACCAAACUAUAGGUGGCAUAGAAUAUAAUUAUUUAUGUCUUCCAAGUCAUGUGUAGCUGGUCAUCGCUCCAAAUGGUAAUAAGUGCUGUUCUCUGGAUGUGUGAGAAGGUUGUUGCUUGGCUUCCCCCACCCUCCGGC